AGAUGAUGGGUUCUAUUUCGUCUUGGCGGCCAAACUAGGGGGUUGUAUGACCUCGACGCGCCACGUUAGAUAUCAGCCACACCUGUGCACCGCCGUACUCACUCAUCCGUAGCACUUCUUCCAUACAAGUGCAUGUAUUAUUGAUGUGCAAAUACAUAUUUACCUUUGUACAUACCUAUUGCUCUAUCAAAAUUUGUUAAUCAGAUCACCAAUUCACCUAAGUACCUCUGAUGGAAUAAGAUGUCAGUCACUUUCGACAACAUCCUCAACUUCCGAGACGUCGGAAAGACGGUCAACGAUUAUCUCGGCCGAAAGCUAGUUCGAGAAGGCGUAUUAUACCGAUCCGCGAGACCAGACGAUGCGUCCCCCGAGGACCGCAAGAGGCUCAGAGAUGAGUUUGGCAUCAAAACGGUCGUGGAUCUCCGGACCAAGACCGAACACUUAAAGCAAGCUGAGAAACGCCAAGCCUCCCAGACCAAUUUACCAGAACCAAACGCCCCGUCGGAAUCCGUUCAGAUCCCGGGCCUGCGAUAUCAGCAGAUCAAGGUAACGGGCCGGCGGUUCGAAAAGUUCCUCGUGAGCCAGCUUUCGUGGUGUAACUACUUCAAACUAAUAUUCCUCUUCCUCCUCGGCUACCGCACCCAAGCCAUCAGCCUCAUAAGCCAAGAAGUGCUCCUUCCGCGAGGCCUCGUCGGUCUCGGUCUCGUCACCAUCGACGAGUCCGGUGCCGAGAUCGCCGAUACCCUCCGAACUUUCCUCGCGCCCUCCAGCACGCCCCUCCUAGUGCACUGCACGCAGGGCAAAGACCGGACGGGCCUGGUCGUCGCCCUGAUUCUCAUGGUCCUCUCCGUGCCCGCGCCCGCGAUAGACCACGACUACAUGCUCUCGAGCGCGGGGCUCUCCUCCGAGCGGGAGUCGCGGCUCGCGGAGAUCCGGGAGAUCGGGUUGACCGCCGAGUGGGGGGACGCGUCGCCGGAUUUCGUGGCGAAGGUGGUCGAGCACAUAGACGUCAAGUACGGCGGUGUCGACGGGUACUUGGAUGGCGUAGGUUUUGAUGCAUCCGAGAGGCGCCGGCUCGUUGAAGUGUUAGGUGCGUAGGCUUGCGGGAAGAAACGAUGAAGCCGUAGCAUUGGUAACCACCUUGUCACAUGGCAAAGU